CGUUCUUCAGUCUGUUGGUAUAUACACUAAAUACAUUUCAACCGAAACCCGCAUUUAUCGCCAAGUUUCACUAUUUUCUGUCUUUUUCCUUUAUUUGGUUGAUCUUCACCUGCAUUGGCUCUGCUCACUCUCUCUCCAAUUGCCUUCAUACAAAACAAGCUAAUCUCUCAAACCCAAAUACUUUUCAUUUGAGAACUGCGACGAUGGAUCCCUCAUUUUGGCCUUCUCAAUCAGAGUUGAAUGAGAUUAGAGAAAUAGUUGCUACAAUGGCCGGGAGAUGCAUCGAAGAUGUUCGAGUUGUAGCCUCUCCUUAUCGAAUUUGCCCCUUAGGAGCUCAUAUUGAUCAUCAGGGUGGGACGGUUUCGGCUAUGACAAUUAAUAGAGGAGUACUUCUUGGAUUUAUUCCUUCUGGUGACAGUCAGGUUGUAUUGCGCUCUGGACAGUUUAAAGGAGAAGUAAAGUUCAGUGUUAAUGAAAUUGUGCACCCUAAAGACAACAUUGGAGUUUGCAAGAAUGAUGCAAAUGAUUCUUCCAAACUAUAUGAAGAAUGUGAUUGGGGUAACUAUGCGAGAGGAGCUCUAUAUGCACUACAGAGAAAGGGGAGCCAUCUUUCCCAGGGUAUCAUAGGGUACCUGUGCGGUCCUGAGGGACUUGACAGUUCAGGCCUUAGCUCUUCUGCCGCUGUCGGAGUAGCUUACCUAUUGGCUUUGGAAAGUGCAAAUAACUUGACAAUAUCUCCUAAAGAAAAUAUUGAAUAUGACCGGUUGAUUGAAAAUGAGUAUUUGGGUCUGAAAAACGGCAUACUGGAUCAAUCUGCCAUUCUACUUUCAAGCCGUGGUUGUCUUUUGUGCAUGAAUUGCAAGACUAAAGAAUAUAAACUCAUACGUUCACCUGAAUUGCAAAAGGACCAAAACAUUGAGAUGCAGAAAACAUACAAAAUGUUACUGGCAUUUUCAGGCUUAAAGCAUGCUUUAACUAACAAUCCUGGUUAUAAUCGUCGAGUUUCAGAGUGUCAAGAGGCUGCAAGAAUUCUUCUAAAUGCUUCAGGAUUUGGAGAAACGGAUGCUCUUCUCUCAAAUGUUCAACUGGAGGCCUAUCAAGAACACAAGAACAAAUUAGAACCUGAUCUGGCUAAAAGGGCAGAGCAUUACUUUUCAGAAAACUUGCGCGUCGUCAAAGGACUUGAAGCCUGGGCUACUGGUAGAUUAGAAGAUUUUGGAAAGCUUAUUACAGCCUCUGGUCUUAGCUCUAUUCAGAACUAUGAGUGUGGCUCGGAACCCCUUAUUCAGUUAUACAAAAUCCUAGUAAAUGCACCUGGAGUUUUUGGAGCACGAUUUAGUGGCGCCGGAUUUAGAGGGUGUUGUAUUGCACUGGUGGAUGCUGAGCAUGCAGAUGAAGCAGCAUCAUUUGUUAGGAGAGAAUAUCAAAAGAUCCACCCUGAGUUGGCUAGUCAAUGGAAACAAGACAAAGCAGUUUUGAUAUGUGAAGCUGGUGACUCUGCUCGUGUAAUAUUAUCUUAAUUCAAUAAUUCACCACUCAUUUUAUCUUAUCAGUACCUUAUAAUAAUUUUAGUUUCCGGAACAUCAUUUCCUGAUUUUACAUUAUUACUUUUUUGUGUUAUAAGACUUUCAUAGUGUACAUCUCAAAGGUCGCUGUGAGCAAUUGCGUGUGUGUUAACAAAUGUUUAUGAGUCUACAACUCCAAUAGAGUAAGAGUGUUAUAUUUGAUACAAAAUUUAUUGAUUUUGAAUAAUAGAUAUUUUUAUUUUUAUAUUUAGUUUAAUUUAUUGUUA